AUGACAACGGAGACAAGUGGCGAGGUCUCGUGUCUCGAGCGUCUCCAUCAAGAAGCUUUUAAUUGUCUGGAUACAUUCCCGAACAAAAUCGUCGAAUUGAACAGCUUCGUGAACGAGUACAUGCCGGAAUCUGUGAAAAAUAACAAAUACGACGACACGAUCCCCAUCGAGGGUAAAGUCAAGUGUCAAUCGACCAUAUCCACCUCGAAAAAUUGCGAUCUAAACAGUAUCUCGGAUUACGGCGUUUCGAGUUACUAUUCUCUGUCGAUGUGUGAUCGCAGUCGAUCCCGACACGGUAUUUGCAAAAGGAAAUACUAUCGUUCCCGAGGCAUAACUGGUUGCAACGUGCGUCGAAGGCCAGGACCACUUGGACAACUGUUGGCAUUUUUAUUCAGCACACUGGCCACGUGCACGAAAAAGAUCGUCAUAGCUCCGUCCCAGUACAUCGUGGACAACAUAAUCCCGACGUUCUUCCAAAGGCGAGAAUUGAAGAACGCACAAUGCGGACCUUCGUCGAACUGGAGUAGUUCCCUUUCCACUUACGUGACCACGUUAAAGAAAGACACGACGGUGAUCGGGAAGCUGAUCGAUAUUAUGAGGCCCGCCGUAGUGAAGCUAAUCACCGACACAACGAUCUUGAAACGAUGGCUCCAAGCGAUCGCCCUGGCCACCGCGUCCCCCCCCAUCGAACUAACCAACGCGACUCGCAACACCGAGACCAUCGAUUGUUGGGCGUACGAGCUGUUCUUUCAUCUCAAGUACCUUCAAGUGAAUCGCGCGCGGCGGACCACCGACAAAGUGAUAGCCGAGGCCGAGUCGAAAUCGAACGACGUGAUCCACGCAAACCUGUGGCAUCGUUUGGUACAGCUUCGCGAUAAUUAUAUCAUUCUGUACGAAACCUUGCAGAAUUACGAUAAAAUUCGCGGCAUCGAGUCGGAGAAACAGAAAGAGUAA